CGAAGUAAGCUUCGCUUGAGUUUUAUAUAUGAUUCAUCUGAAAAAUGCAGCAAAUGUUGAUGCACAUCUUUUGUUAUUCAAGUCAAAUCUUUAUGAUUUUUGCCACUACAGUAUCUUGUCCGUUCAAUUCUGUCUGAUAAUCAUGUCAAAAUUGAUGGCUUUUUCAUUGUUUGGAGUUGAUGACAACACGAGAGCUCCAAAUCAUAGGUAUCAAAUUCCAAAGAUGAGGACUUGGCGUGAACAUGAUGGAAUUGCCUUUGGAUUCAACUUGCUGGAGAAAAUUUCGUCGACCAUUGGUGCAAAAGACAAGAUCCAUUCGAAUAGUUAGACUCUCUGUUUCGUCAGACAUGGCUCAGAUAUUGCAUCUGAUCUGGAUGAUUUUCUGUGUUCAUCUGCUUUGCAUCUCAAGUCAACAGGAGACAGGGUUUAUAUACAAAGGUUUAGGCCAAACAGACCAUGGACAUGGAGGUGCCAAAGGAUUGUUGCAGUUGACCGAUGGAUCCAGACUGAAAAUGGGUCAUACCUUCAACUCAACCCGAUCACUCUCGUUCUCAACACAAUUUGUGUGUGCACUGGUGUCUAAGGCAGGAUUUGUUUGUGGUCAUCGUAUGGACUUGCUUGUACAGGUAGUCGUUUUACCGACAAUCAUAAUGUAUUUGGCUCUUGGAGCAGUUUAUGUCUAUGCGAGAAGGAGAUACACAAAGCUAAGAGAAGAAUGGGAAAAGGAAUAUAAUGUUCCACGCCGUUUUACUUAUAAAUCUCUAUAUAUGGCACCGAAAGGGUUUAACAAGGAUGGACUUGUCAGAAAAAGAGGUUUCGGAGAAGUAAACAGAAGAACUCCGAUAGAGACGAGAAGAGAAAGAAGAAGAAAGGAGAGGAAGAAUCGAAACUGAAUCAACUCUCAAGAACAAUGUGGAAACUAUCUGUGGGGUUCUUUCUCAAUCUCUCAACAAUCUGUUUUGAGUUCAACCGAUAUGUUGAUAUGUAUACAACAUAUAUUUGAAGCUGUAACAGAAGACUAUUUAUGCCACGUUAUACAGCUCCUUUGCACUA